UACAUUGGAUUCAUGGCUCCUACCCACGCAGCUACUUCUCUUCAGAUCUGAUGCUUCUUCCUCAGAUCAAUCCCCCCACAUUAAGCUAAAAUCCCAAAUUUUUGCGGACAUCUCAGCCUAACCUAUACCAAGCUCUCUGUUUCCGUAAACUCAAUCAAGUCCACUCAUGGGGGAGGAGAAGAAGAAGGCAGAGGAACAAAAGACGGAGGAGAAAAAACCAGAGGCGAAGGAGGAGGCCAAAAAGCCCGAAAACCAGGGUGAAGAUAAAAAGGAAGAGGAAUCCAAAGACAAGACUCCGCCACCGCCCCCGCCGCCGCCGGAGAUUGUGCUUAAAGUUUUCAUGCAUUGCGAAGGUUGUGCACGCAAGGUUCGUCGGUGCCUGAAAGGAUUCCCAGGGGUUGAAGAAGUGAUCACAGAUUGUAAGACUCACAAGGUCGUCGUCAAAGGAGAGAAGGCGGAUCCACUGAAAGUUCUAGAGAGAGUACAGAGGAAGAGCCAUAGGCAGGUCGAGCUCAUUUCUCCGAUCCCGAAACCACCUGCCGAGGAGGAGAAAAAACCAGAGGAGAAAGAAAAGCCCGCUCCUGAGGAGAAGAAAGAAGAGCCCCAGAUUAUCACAGUGAUUCUGAAAGUUCACAUGCAUUGCGAGGCUUGCGCUCAGGAAAUCAAGAGGCGCAUACUGAAAAUGAAGGGAGUGGAAUCAGCUGAACCGGAUCUGAAGAAGUCAGAGGUGAGCGUGAAGGGGGUGUUUGAUCCGGCGAAGUUAGUGGAGUUCGUGCGGAAGCGAACAGGGAAGCAAGCUGUCAUAGUGAAGCAAGAAGCGGCGGGGAAGAAAGAGAAAACACAGGAAGGUAAGGCGGAAGAGGAGAAGAAAGCAGGGGAAGGAGGAGAGAAAGAGAAGAAGGAGGAAGAAGGGAAAGGAGAAGAGAAGAAGGAGAAGGAGGAGAAGAAAGAAGGGGAGGGGGAAGCGGCGGCGAACGCAGAGGAAGAAGCGGUGACGGAAGAGACGAAGGUGGUGGAGAUGAAGAAGAGCGAAUACCAAUACUACCCUCCGAGGUACGUCAUGGAGAUGUACGCUUACCCGCCUCAGAUCUUCAGCGACGAAAACCCAAAUGCUUGCUCUAUCAUGUAAAAAACAUGAGGGAAAUUUGAGGAAUGUCAGGGGUAUAAUGGGAAUCAGGUUGAAAGUCUGAAACAUGGAAACUGAUCUCUCUCCCUCUCUCUCAUCCUUCCUUCUCCAUAUUUGCAUCUGGUAUAAUCUACAGACAAACUGUAGAGUUUUGUUUUGAAUUUUACAUAUAAAUAACUGUAGUCCCAUAUCUGGAUUUUAUUAAUAUACUUUUUGUAUAUUAAAUAUAGCUUUUCAAUUGAAGCUGUAUUUUACUG